AUGUGUCUCAGAAACCAGCCCAAAGUGUCACGCUCCAUCCCUCUGACCUCACUCUUCAUCCACCCUCUUCAUCUCACAGACGUUCCACAGCCCAGUCUGACAUUGAGUUCUACAGUCAUCAAAGAGAGAGACACCGUUCAGCUGAGCUGUCAGACUCCUCCAUCCAUCUCUGAAGCUCAGAGUUAUUUUUACUUAAAAGGCAGAGAGGAAUAUACCCUUACCUUAACCUGUCAGCAGACACUCACAGGAACUCUACUGGUGACAUGAACAGGUCAAAGUUCACCAGCUGAGGUCAAAAUACGAUGUCAGUACAAUGCUACAGGUUAUCAGUUUAUAUUCAUAUACAGUAAGCCUUCCAGAGUCACAAUUCAGGGUAAGAAGAUUUUUGAAUGGUUGUAAACAAUGUACUGUUGUGCCAUCAUUACCAUGUUCCUCUUGGGAUAUGUUAUCAUACUGUUUGUUGUCAUAAGCUAUUACAUUAAGCAAAAAAGGAAUAUAGUAUCUCCUUAAUUUCCCAUACUGUCGCUACAUGAGGUAAUGUACCCAAGAUCCUUAAAGGGAAAGUGAGAGAUUUUGGCAAUUAAUCCCUUUGUCUAGUUAGCCAGAGUCAGAUGAUCUCAUGGAAACCAUUUCAGAGUUUAAAGGAAGUUGAAGGUAGUUUUGCAAGCGAUUGCUAGUGCUAACGCUAGUUAGCAAUUACGCUAAUGCUAGUUAGCAACUUACUUCAAACUGCACGCAUAGACAUAAAAAUGGUAUCCAUAAGUUCAUCUGACUCUGGGUAAGUAGAAAAAGGUUAGGGGACAUUUGGCCCAUACACUUGCCUGUAACUUGCAAAGACAAAGGGUGGAGCUCUUCGUUCCGGUUCCGAUCCUCAUUCUGUUCUCCCCUCUUAACACAUAUGGACACAGAACGUAAUCAAGCAUCUGACCAAUUACGAAACACUUAAAUUCCGGGUUAACCGAGAUUGUCUGAAAUAACAAGGAGGGAUUAGGCUGUCAGUAAACUUCUCAAAACCACAAAAUGCUAAAUGCUUAAUUCCCCUAUUCUCACAGACUCUCCCCAGUUGACAAUGAGUUAUACAGGCGUCAGUGAUACAGACUCAGUUAAGCUGAGCUGUCAGACUCCUCCAUCUCUCGAUGUGUCUCACUGUUACAUCUAUAAACAGGGGUGAUUUAAUCUUCCAGGCUCAUCCUGUACGCAGACACUCACAGGAACAGAGCUGCACUCUUGGGCAGGUCAAGCAUUUCCAGCUGUGAUAAAAGUGGCGUGUUUCUAGGCUUUAGAGAUCAUAAAACUAAACCACAAAUACAAAUACAGUUGUCAAAACAUAAAACCAAAAAGUCAAAAACAAAUAUUUAACUCAGACAAGUUAGUUUGUUGGUUUUGAAAAUGUAAUUGAAGCCAUCUAAUGAUGCAAAAUAUCAGCUACAGACAACAAAAAUAAUGACUGAUAAAUUAUUCUGAAUGUUCCUCUGCAACAUUAGCCCACACUUGCCAAAUGAGACUGGUUUCUGCUAUUUGUGGUUUUCCUGUGAACAAGCUCCACAUCUACUUCUCUAUUCAAAGAAUCCUCUCUGACACAGUCACCAUCUUCUGUGAAGUCAUAGUAACAGUCUGUAGCUGUCUGCCAAAUGGCAUUGUUCAUCCCUGAUAUGGCUGGUCAUCUGUUUUUGGUCAUCCUCCUUUUCGGUGAGUUAUUCCUCCAUUCCAAGUUCCAUCAUCUGUUUGUGCUACAGGAUUCUCUCUCCUCUUUUAAUCUUUACUUUAGGAACUCUUUAUUAUUUCUGAAUCUCAUGGCUGUAAUAAGUGUGUCUUAUUCCAUUGAUCAUCUUAUUGAUUUCUUUUUCUCUACCAUUAUAUUUUGUUCAGAUAAGAAUGACUACUGCUUGACAACAUGCCCAUGAAUCCAUUGUAGUAUAUUCUACUUUACCAACUUCUGCAAAGUGUUCCUGUCUCUCAUGUUACUUUAUUUUGUUUAGAAUGCCACAUUUUCCUGAUCAAUACCUAUUUUGUUAUUUCUAGACACCUUCCAAUACAUCGAAGCCAAAGAUCAUUACCAAGGUCAUUAUGAGUGUUUACAACUGGAAUUAUUUUCCGUAUUUUAGAUUUUUCUGCAUACAGAAACUAUUUUUACUAAAUAAUAUUACCAUCAAGAUAUCUUGUUAACCUAAACUACAUAAUUGUAGAUACACUGUUAUCAUCUAAAAAACAGUGACUUAAUUGUUUUUAUUUUUCAAACGUAUAUAUCAAGUACUACAAUAUCUAUGAGUACUUAAAGACUGAAAAUGAAUUAAUAAUUAAAUGACAAGUGAUACACUCCAUAAUCCAUCUCAUCUCACAGACCAUCCUCCUCCCAGUCUGACAGUGAGGCCUGCAGUCAAAGAGCGAGACUCAUAUUUAUUACGCUUGUUCUGAAAAUGAGAUCUUACAUCAUAUUUCAUAAUGUCUUCAUUUCACAUACUUACUGUAGGAUUUACUGUACAAACAAAUACUGACUUACUUGAAAUUGUAUUUAUGGAUUUUCCAUACUGUUAAUGUGUUUGGAUUACCUGUAAUGUUUUUAAAUGCAACUUUCAUAGAAGCACACUUCAUUCUUCUGAUCUCACAGACCCACCUCCUCCUAGGCUGACAGUCAGUUCUACAGUAAUCAGAGAGAGCGACUCAGUUCAGCUGAGCUGUGAGACACCUCCAUCUAUCACAGCAGUUGAUUCCUGAUCGGGGGCCAUUGUUCAUUCGGGUCAUUCCGAGCAGGGUUUGUUCGUUCGGUUCUACCCGAGCAGGGUUCGUUCUGCUCUACCCGAGUAGGAUUCGGCUCUUCCUCCCGAGCAGGGAUCGUAAGUCGAUGGCUGGUCUGGUAGUCGAUGGCUGGUCUGGUAGUCGACGGCUGGUCUGGUAGUCGAUGGCUGGUCUGGUAGUCGAUGGCUGGUCUGGUAGUCGAUGGCUGGUCUGGUAGUCGAUGGCUGGUCUGGUAGUCGAUGGCUGGUCUGGUAGUCGAUGGCUGGUUCGGUGUUCAACGGCAGGUCGCCUACUGUCCCUCGCUCCGCACCAGCCCAGCUGCGUGGUAGAGUUGGGUUUAGCCUAUCACAUUAGCGUCGGGCGUGUCCCCAGUGUCUGUAGUCGUGGGAGACACAAAACAUACAAUUAGAGCAUGUACUGGCCAACAAUUGGGGUCACAGUCACACGUUUGAAACAAGCACUUUCCUUUAGUAGUGCUAUAGAGAGCGUUGUGAUUUGUGUCUUUCCCACAGCAGGCGACCAGCGGAGAGGAGCAGCGAGUCGGUCGAGAGGUCACUGGUCCAGUUCCUUUUAACUGAGGCGUGUUUAGCAAUUCGUUUGGGGAUGGAGGAGUUGAUAGAGAAUUGGCAACAGCUGUCUCAAUGUGGCUUUAGUCCAGGGAAAAUAGUCCAUGCAAUUCAAUUUGAUUUCACACGUGAGAAAUCAAGUGAAAAGCAAUAGUUGUAAACACACAGCACACAUUAUUAAAUGGCACUCAUAAAUGGGAAUUAUAUCAAAUAAAACAUGCUGAUACGUAAUAUAAAGAGAAUGGUAGGCCCUAGUUUAGUAAGAGUCAGUGUCACUUGUGACAUAUACAGUACCAGUCAAAAGUUUUAGAACACCUACUCAUUCAAGGAUUGUUCUUUAUUUUUACUAUUUUCCACAUUGUAGAAUAAUAGUGAAGACAUCAAAACUAUUAAAUAACACAUAUGGAAUAUUGUAGUAACCAAAAAAGUGUUAAACAAAUCAAAAUAUAUUUUAUAUUUGAGAUUCUUCAUAUAGCCACCCUUUGCCUUGAUGACAGCUUUACACACUCUUGGCAUUCUCAUGUGUUAUUUCAUAGUUUUGAUGUCUUCACUAUUAUUCUACAAUGUAGAAAAUAGUAGAAAUUAAGAAAAACCCUUGAAUGAGCAGGUGUUCUAAAACUUUUGAGCGGUAGUGUACAUUACAUUAAAAUAGAGUAAUGCAAAAAUGAGUCUCUGUCCUUUCCUAACAGAUCCAAAACCAGACAUUACAGUAAAUGUUAAUGGGGACUUCUACGUCAUCUGUUUGAUUUCUGGAUCUGUGAGUCCUGACACCACCUGUAACCUGUAUGUUGGAGAGGAGAGUCAGCCAUCCUUCACAGAAAAGAUCUGGAAAGAAAAAACCAAAGCUUCCAAUCAGUGGUUCUGUACAUUCAUUGUAACUGAGAGUGAUCUGGUCAGUCGUCUUCAGUCAGUGAGGCGUAAGGAGGUGAGCUGUGACUACAGAGUGAGCUCAGGACCUAACUCUCUCUCUCCACGCAGUGAUGGGAAAAGCUUUGAGGGUGAGUCAUUAUCUAAACAAAUCUAUCAGGGCUGCAGGUCUUCAUGAUCUGACUCACUUUGAUUUUAGCAUCUUCUUAGUAUUACUAUAUUCAUUCUGACCCACAAACUAAAUACCACAUUUCAAUCCAAAAAUUUUUUUUAGAUCUGGUGGGAGUUCACAUUAGUGAUCCAACAACUAUACCCUUUCCAGCAGGUAGGCUACACAUUUGUUUUGUUUCUUUCUUUAAAUGUACUUUGUGGCACUGCUGUUAUUUUUAAAGCGAUGCUCAUUACAGCAGUAAGAAAGGCCCUGGUUCUACUUUGCCCCUCAGCAUGACAGUGAGUCCUACAACAGGUGUAUUGGUCCUCUAAGGGACCGUCUUUGAAAUACUGUUUCCAAUUGUACAUUCAGUCAAAGGUCUGGGUUUUAACAAUAAUGUGCCACAUUAUGAUAUUGUGAACGUGUCAUCUUUCUAUUGACUGAGUUGUGUUGUUUACUAACAAAAAUGAUGAAUACUUUUAUUAUUGUGUAAUCAGAUACACAAUUAACUUGUAUUGCUUCCCAGCAGAUUCGACUGUUAGUUCUACUUUGACCACCAACACCCCAGUGAGACCAACUACCAAAAUGCCAACAAAAUGUAGCUAAGUUUGCAGUUUACAUUUUUCUGUUCUCAUUAAAUAAAUAAAGCUUGACCGGUUUACCAAAAGACCAAUUCAUAGCUGCUUGAAAUUUCAGUCCAGAUGUGUGUAAUUUUAGUCCAUCUUAUUUUUAGGUAAUGUGUUGUGUACUUCUCUCUUUUUGCUUAAAUAAUGACUUUCUUGUGUAAUAUGAGUUCUCUUCUCACAAGGUUUGACCUCUUCUUUGACCCCCAGUACAGCACUGAAUCCUACAUCAGGUGUGUUGGUCAUCUUUACCUAGUAAAUAAAAAAAUGUAAUAUGCCAUUUAGCAGACGCUUUUAUCCAAAGCGACUUACAGUCAUGCGUGCAUACAUUAUUUUUUUUUGUGUAUGGGUGGUCCCGGGGAUCAAACCCACUACCUUGGCGUUACAAGCGCCGUGCUCUACCAGCUGAGCUACAGAGGAUAAUAUAUAUCAGAAACAAAUAUAAUUGCUUUAUGUUCUACAGUUUUUUUGUAUUUUUUUUUCUUACAAAUUUGCCUCAUUACAAAAAAAAAAAGGUUGAUACUUGAUUAAUUAAAUCAACCCAUUUAGAUAUUAUACUUUUGUACAAUUAUAAUGACUUUCCUUGCACCAGGUUCGGCUGUUAGUUCUACUUUGACCACUGACACUCCAAGUAAAGGUAAGUAUGGCCACUAGAUUUUAGUUUAGUGUGUAAUAAGUGUUAUGUAGUAUGUUAAUUGUUAAUAAAAGGUAUCUCUCUUCCAUGUGCACAUUAGGUCAAAGCUCCACAUACAGUGAGGGAAAAAUAAAUAAUAAUAAUAAUAAUAUGCCAUUUAGCAGACGCUUUUAUCCAAAGCGACUUACAGUCAUGCGUGCAUAAUUUUUUAAUUUAUUUAUUUUUUAUUUAAAUUUUUUGUGUAUGGGUGGUCCCGGGGAUCGAACCCACUACCUUGGCGUUACAAGCGCCGUGCUCUACCAGCUGAGCUACAAGGGUACGUUUGCCCACUGACAAAUAAAUGAUCAGUCUAUAAUUGUAAUGGUAGGUUUAUUUGAACAGUGAGAGACAGAAUAACAACAAACAAAUCCAGAAAAACGCUUGUCAAAAAUGUUAUAAAUUGAUUUGCAUUUUAAUGAGGGAAAUAAGUAUUUGACCCCCUCUCAAUCAGAAAGAUUUCUGGCUCCCAGGUGUCUUUUAUACAGGUAACGAGCUGAGAUUAGGAGCACACUCUUAAAGGGAGUGCUCCUAAUCUCAGCUUGUUACCUGUAUAAAAGACACCUGUCCACAGAAUCAAUCAAUCAAUCAGAUUCCAAACUCUCCACCAUGGCCAAGACCAAAGAGCUCUUCAAGGAUGUCAGGGACAAGAUUGUAGACCUACACAAGGCUGUAAUGGGCUACAAUACCAUCGCCAAGCAGCUUGGUGAGAAGGUGACAACAGUUGGUGCGAUUAUUCGCAAAUGGAAGAAACACAAAAGAACUGUCAAUCUCCCUCGGCCUGGGGCUCCAUGCAAGAUUUCACCUCGUGGAGUUGCAAUGAUCAUGAGAACGGUGAGGAAUCAGCCCAGAACUACACGGGAGGAUCUUAUCAAUGAUCUCAAGGCAGCUGGGACCAUAGUCACCAAGAAAACAAUUGGUAACACACUACGCCGUGAAGGACUGAAAUCCUGCAGCGCCCGCAAGGUCCCCGUGCUCAAGAAAGCACAUAUACAGGCCCGUCUGAAGUUUGCCAAUGAACAUCUGAAUGAUUCAGAGGAGAACUGGGUGAAAGUGUUGUGGUCAGAUGAGACCAAAAUCAAGCUCUUUGGCAUCAACUCAACUCGCCGUGUUUGGAGGAGGAAGAAUGCUGCCUAUGACCCCAAGAACACCAUCCCCACCGUCAAACAUGGAGGUGGAAACAUUAUGCUUUGGGGGUAUUUUUCUGCUAAGGGGACAGGACAACUUCACCGCAUCAAAGGGACGAUGGACGGGGCCAUGUACUGUCAAAUCUUGGGUGAGAACCUCCUUCCCUCAGCCAGGGCAUUGAAAAUGGGUCGUGGAUGGGCAUUCCAGCAUGAUAAUGUCCCAAAACACACGGCCAAGGCAAUAAAGGAGUGGCUUAAGCAGAAGCAGAUUAAGUUCCUGGAGUGGCCUAGCCAGUCUCCAGACCUUAAUCCCAUAGAAAAUCUGUGGAGGGAGCUAAAGGUUCGAGUUGCCAAACGUCAGCCUCGAAACCUUAAUGACUUGGAGAAGAUCUGUAAAGAGGAGUGGAACAAAAUCGCUCCUGAGAUGUGUGCAAACCUGGUGGCCAACUACAAGAAACGUCUGACCUCUGUGAUUGCCAAAAAGGGUUUUGCCACCAAGUACUAAGUCAUGUUUUGCAGAGGGGUCAAAUACUUAUUUCCCUCAUUAAAAUGCAAAUCAAUUUAUAACAUUUUUCACAUGCGUUUUUCUGGAUUUUUUUGUUGUUAUUCUGUCUCUCACUGUUCAAAUAAAUCUACCAUUAAAAUUAUAGACUGAUCAUGUCUUUGUCAGUGGGCAAACGUACAAAAUCAGCAGGGGAUCAAAUACUUUUUUCCCUCACUGUACAUUGUUGUGUAUUCAAACAGUCAAGAAAGUGUUCCAGGUGUGUGUCCUUCUCUAACUACCUACCUGUCUUUUUUACACAAAUAAGACAACUGAGACAUGCAACCUCAAAAUGUAAUAACCCAUUUUCUGAGAUCAAAUCUUGAGAUUUGGUAUUGACCCUGGGGAUACAAGCUAAUGAACUUCCCAAUGUCACCAAACAGCUGUGCAAUUAUGGCAGGCUGCAGUGGGUGUGGCUUUUGAAGUGGGCAUUAAAAUACUUUUUCUAAUUGCACAUUCAGUCAAGGGUCUAGAUUUUAACAAUAAUGUAAUACAUUAUGAAAGUGUGAACAUGUAAUCUCUCUAUGGACUGAGUUCUGUUGUUAUCUGACAUGAAUAAUGAAUACCUUUAUUAUUGUGUAAUCAGAUAUAAAUGUACCUUUUAAUUCUUCCCAGCAGGUUCGACUGUUACUUCUACUUUGACCCCAGACACCACAGUGAGACCAACUACCAGUAAGUAGGCCUACAAAGUUUAACUUACAUCUAUAUUUUUAGUCACAUUAAUUCACUAAAGCUCCAACCGAUUUAUGAAUUGACCCAUUCAUAGCUGCUUGUGAUUUUCAGUCCAGAUUUAGAUUUUUUUUUUGUUCAUCUGAUUUGUAGGUAAUGUGUAGUGUACUUCUCUCUUUCUGCUUAUUGAAUGACCUUAGAUAUUACAUUAAUUUAUAUUUGUUUUUGUGUAAUACGAGUUAUCUCAUCUCACCAGGUUUGACCUCUCCUUUGACCCCCAGUACAGCAGUGAAUCCUACAUCAGGUGUGUUGGUCAUCUUUCUCUAGUUAGUAGAUAGAACCUAAACAAAUAGACUAGCUUUAUCUUACCCAGGUUUUCUUACUCACAUAUGUCCCCUAAUUUUAAAAAAUUGGUUGAUAUUUAAUAAAUUAAAUCAACCCAUUUAGAUACCUUUAUUUUUGAAUAAUCAGAUCCAAUGACUUUGCUUUGCACCAGGUUCGACUACUAGUUCUACUCUGACAACUGAUACCCCAAAGUGGCCACACGAUUUUAGUUUAGUGGCGUAAUAAGUUGUGUUGUGUGUUAACUGUUAUUAAACAGUCUCUCUCUUGCAUGUGCCCAGGAGGUCAAAGCUCCACAGAAAGCGUUCUGGGUAAGUAUCCUUCUCUAGGUGACUACAUGUCUUUUCUCCCACAAAUGAGACAACUGAGACAUACAACCUCACAAUUUUACUUUAGAUCAAAUCUUGAGAUGUGUUAUUGACCCUGGGAAUACAAGCUAAUGACCUUCCCAAUGUCGCCAAACAGCGGUGCAAUUAUGGCAGGCAGCAGUGGGUGUGGCUUCUGGGGUGGGCGUUCAAAUAUUGUUUCCAAUUGUACAUUCAGUCAAGGUUUUAACAAUAAUAUGCCAAAUUAUGAAAUUGUGAACAUGUAAUCUUUCUACUGACUCAGUUGUGUUCUACUGACUCAGAAAUAAUGAAUACCUUUCUUCUUGUGUAAUCAGAUACAGAAUAACUUGUAUUACUUUCCAGCAGGUUCGACUGUUACUUCUACUUUGACCGCUGACAUCACAGUGAGACCAACUAGUAAGUAUAGCUUAGUUUGCUAUUUCAUUUCCAACUGGUUUACUCAUAAACCUAUUCAUAGCUAUGUGUACUUUCACUCUAAAUUGUUGUACUUUCUUAGAUAUGAAAAAAAUGUAAAUUUUUCUUCUCCUAAUUUUUCUUCUCCUACAUCAGGUGUGUCGGUCAUAUUUAGUUAGAAAAACUGAAACAAAUAGACUACGUUUAUCGAACCCAGGUUUUUGUACAAAAAAAAUCCCCAUCACAAAUUUACACACAGGAGGUCAAAGCUCCACAGACAGUAAUGUGAAUUCAAACUGUCAAAAAAUUGUUUGGGGUAAGUAUCCUUAUUUAGUAAUCCCACGGCAAAAAAGCACUUGUCUUUUCCUACUAGCACUAACUUUGCUGAUAACUACUUUGUUGAGGGAAAAUGUACUUGCUACGAUUGUGAUAUGUUGUUGUCUAACCUAGCUUCAUCUUAAGAUGAAUGCACUAAUGUAAGGCGCACUGGAUAAGGGCGUCUGCUAAAUGACUCAAAUGUAAAUGGAAAAUGUUUAGCUGACUACCUGUCUUUUCUCACACAUAUGAAAACAGAAACAUUUUCUCAGACUGAUAAUAAUAUGGUCUUCUAACACCUGUCUACCAUUUAAGUAUUUACAUUGGCAUUAAGAGCUAAUGACCUCUCCUGAUGUCAUCAUGUCACCAAACAGCUGUGCAAUUAUGGCAGGCAGCAGUGGGUAUGGCUUCUGGAGUGGGUGUGUUCCUGAUGGGAUUGACAGCUGUCUGUCUCUGCAGGAGGACCAGUGAGUACUUCUGAUUCUGCAUAACAAAUAUUUUGAAAACGUUUUCCUUUGUCAUAUUAAUGUAAGUGCCAUUAACAUGGGUUAAUCUAUCAACUCAUUUUGGUCAUAUUUUAUAGGGUAGGCUAUAAUCAAUAUCAUUAUUUUAGCUUAAUUUGUUUUUCAGAGAAAAACCAUUCUCAGAGGUAAGAAUUCCCCUUGUGAAUAUUUUAUAAUGCAGAUUCUAUCUCAACCUUUAGUUCUGUAUUGUCCAUGAUGAGAUGUUCUUACCACAACCUUCUUAUAUUUGUAUUUUGUAUAGACCUACAGCCAGACAGGAUGAUCACAGCCAAUGUAUGUUCCAAAAAUAUACAUCACUGCACACACUACUAACACAACUACACACAUGCAUGUACAAAUACAAAUUGUAAUGACAUUUUCAUUUAAUAUCUGUUCUAGAUGAUUUGGUGAUGGCAGCUGUGAGCAGUGCAGGCAUGUUGGAAUCAGGGGAUGCUGGGAUCUAUUCUCUCAUCACCUCUGUACCGUCCACGUUUUUGCCCUCAGGUGAGUUUGUAACAGAAUGUCUUCUGUCCCCGUCUUCCCGACCUGGGACGUGAAUUUGGGACCCUCGUCACAAUAACACUUUGUCACUCAAUGUCAACCGUACUCACGUAAAACAUAAAAUAAGGUGUUAAUCAGAGCAUCUUGAAAGCGUGAGAACCGAGCUAUAAGUUUACAGGGUGGUUUGAAUCAGGAGGAGAAGUGUGAAGUGACAUUAAGCACAGUAAAGUAACAUGUACAACCACAUCCAGACUGACGCGUGCACACACACACAAAAACACACAAACACACACACACACACACACACACACACACACACACACACAAAUACCCACAAACUUUAACUCAGGCUCCCUCUGUGUUGUACAGGCCCUGUUGAUGAGAAUGGAAAGUAUUCUGCAAACCACAAUGUAAGUUCAGAAUCAACCAUUGUGUUUGGUGAUUGUGAACGACUCUCAGUUUCAGAUUAAUGUUACAUCCUCUUAGUAUACACAUUUAUAUUUACAGUAUUGUAGAUUCAAAGGACUGAAGUUAAACUGUCUGUUUCUUUUCUCUAGCCUGAUGCGUACCACGUAUACAGCUCAAUCCCCGACAGACCAGCAACUUCAGCCCAGCCGGAUGGGUUGUACAGUCUUCUGCAGGCACACUGA